CAACACCAUGACGCGUAAUUGUCGUUCUGUACGUUUCGCGAAGACUGCAGGCAUAUGUGGCUUGCUUGACGGAGCCCGCGAAGAGUCCAGAGAUGCUCAGCCUCAGCACUUCAGUCUUCGUGCGAUGCAAACAAACCUCGUUGGCGGACUGUCGAUCCAGCGCGCGCUAACUAUUCAUGACCCUUCUCCAAGACUCAAGUCCGCGAAAGGCACAUUUACCACAUGCACAUGCACUCGCUUGGUCUGCCGGUCCAAGUCAACGUCAUUGUUUACCAAUUCUGCUUGCGCAUCGUCAGCUGUACUUCCCACAAACAUUCUCUUCUUGCUCUCGAGUCCCGACCAUGUCGACAACGGACCGACGCGCUCUAGCCGCUUUCAGAGCCCCAGGUACGUUGCUGGACGGUGGGAAAUUGUGCAGAGCAAUCGGUCCCAACUGCGUGCUGCCAGCGGAAAACACUGGUAGCUUAGCCUGAGGCUUCAAAGGCCUACGCGGCAAUGAUCGACACGUCAAUGUAGUGACAGCGGAACGCCGCCAAUAGUCUGUCA